AUGUCAAAUGAAAAUAUACGAAAUUAUUACAAUAAUUCAGAAGGCGACUAUCAUAAACAAGACUUUAGUCCUUUACAACAUCAAGUACUACAUAGUAUUGAUGAAUCUCGGGAUUUCAUAAAUAAAAAAAUAAUUGAUGAGUUAUGUCAAUUACAUGAAAAUGAAGCAUUUAAAGGAAAAAAUUUCCGAAAAUUUAGGGUCGGAAAUCAUGUGACUGCUACCUCGAUUACUGGCGACGCUGAUAUUUAA